AGCAGCAGCAGCAGUGGGAGCAGAAAGCAGAGCCGUCUGCUGGAGCUACAGCUCAGUCCGAGGUUUCCAGGACGGUUUUUCUUGUUUUUCUGCCUCCUGGUGGAAAAGUCUCACGCUUUAUCUCCCGAAGCAUCUUUACGGACCGAGACCUGCUCCACCAGCUGCCUGUCAGCGCCACAUGGCCCAGUUUUGGGACUGUGAAAUCACCUGAGAGAGAUACCUGGAGACGGUAAGUUAUCUGGACUGUGCAGACCCACCUUCAGUCCAUUUAAGAUCCAUUUAAAGUUAAAGGACCCACGAAUCGUAGGAUUACAAACAUCAUUUUCCUGAUGUUUGGAGGGAGAAGUUAUCUGAUUUUUUUUUUGAGUUUUCAAUCAUCACCUCGAGGAAAAACUGUGUUUUUUCCAGGAAAAAAAUCGACUUUUUCGAAGAACCAAACGACGCACAAAACAGGAUUACAAACAUUUUGAAUUAGCCUCUUUCUGGAGCAUCAUUUACUUUACGUCUCACCUUUAAGUGAGAACAGCAGUCUGACUGUUUGGACCUGGGUCUCCUCAGCAUCCCCGGGAGACUCGGACUGUCUGCUGAAUCAUCUUCUCUGACUGCGAGGAGUUAACGGGAACUGUUAAGAGCCUGCGGUCUCUCACAGCACCCCCCCAAACCCGUUUUACAUUCCCAGAGAUAUACUGCCGGCUCUAGCAGCCGCUGCUGCGACGCCCGGGCUCCGACUGUCCGUCUGGGAAUCUGCAGGAAGAUUAAAGGUGACAUUGUGGAUUUUUUGGCUCCUGUUGCGCUCCUGAGCGUCUCGGAGAAGCCCGGAUUCAGGAGCCACUUAAAGGAGCCGAUCUCUCUGUCAGAACAUCGAGGUCCAGAGAUCAGAGCGGCAAAAAAAACAAAAAACUCUGGCACCAACAAAGCACGGCUCUAUUUUCUAACAUCAAGGGAACAUUUUCUGCAUCUAUUUUUCUCUUUCGGCGCUCAUUAAGGAAACUCUCUCCAAUAUCAAGGCCAUUUUCCGGCAUCGCAGAGCUUCUAAAGGAUAUUUUUUUUCAUACUUUUUGGAUGUUUUUUUUUUUCUCUCUCUCUCUCUCUCUCUCUAAUAACAAGACUUUCUUCCAUUGGAUGUUUUGAAGUUUGUUCCCUGUAAAUGAAUUCAGGGACAUUUAUCUUCUGAGAAACUACAGACGCUGUCGCAGGGAAGUCUGCAGUGUGCACGCUGUAGCGAGAGUGAGUUUAUGUGCAUGAGAGAGUGUGUGCAGAUGUGUGUCUGAGUGUGUGAAGUUGCAUGCACGCUCAUGUGUGUGUGUGUGCAGUUUAGGGCUGAACGAUAUGAAGAAAAUAUGCGAUAACGUUGUUGAAUAUCGCGAUAACGAUAUCACUUGCGAUGAAUAAAACAUAUUAAAGUGUUCUCAGUUUCUGCCGAAAUACAACAAACUGCUUGUUGGAUUUUAAACAAACGAAAGGAAAUCAUUUCCAACUUUCUUUAAUUGGACAAAUUGAAUAUUGAGUUGAAUAUAAAAGGCAGCACUAAAAAAAAGAUUGACAGUUACAUUUUAAAGAGCAGUUUUCAACUAACACAAUACAUCUCGGACUUUCUUUCGCAGUGUCGCAGCCUUUUGCGAUGUUGCGUGUUGCGAUGGCGAUAAAACGAUAUAUUGUGCAGCCCUAGUGCAGCUGGUUGUGUAUUUGAGUGUGUAUGUGUGUGUGUGUAUGUGUGUGUGUGUGUGUCGUGCCCGGACAUAAACAUCACGUGGUGCGACGGCGAGUUACUACCUGUUGCUCAACUCGCUGUGAUGAAAAAAGAUACCAACCGGUCGGAUAUGAAGAGAUGAAACUUCAGCAUGAACAAACUAAAUGUCCAAAUUUUUCUUGCGGAGAAGCUGCAGAGCAAAGCUGGAAGUCGGACCAGUUGGCUGGAACAUCUUGCUCUGAUUGGAUGAUUACAGACUUCUCUUUUCUUCUGCUGACUUUGAGUUCUUUUUCCUGAACUAUUUGGGAUUUUCCUGUGUUUUUCGGGGACACGUCAGUCAGUCGUCCGGUCCUUUUGACUUUUUCCAAGUCGAGCAGAAACAGAGAAACAGGCCUCGAUAGAUACUUUUCAUCUUUAAACACAACUUCUUUGUCUUUGGAUUACAGCCGUUCCCCUUUAACUGACUGCAAAGCAUCAUGGGAGAUUAAAGGCACAGUGGAAAUCUGGUUCCUAACUGGAGUAGCACAAUAUGCUGACGACAUGAUUAAUUAUGUUACCAAUUUUUUUUUCCAACUGAUAAUUAGCAAAUAUUAAUGGUAGAAAUAAGUUUUUUAAUCAACCAUAAACUUAUUUAAUAUGAGCUCGGGAGUAUUUACCCUCCUUUCUGUGCUACAACUUUUUUUAGGAGCUUAUUUUCAUUUUCAAACAACAGUUUUUUGAAGCCACAGAUUUCUUUUUGUGUGUGUGCUGUGUAAGUUUCUUUACACAAACCUCUUCAGAAUCUGGAGAACUUCUGCAGCGUCUGUCUUUAGUUUGGAGCACUUUUUUUUUUGCAAACUAUUCAGCAGCUAUUCAGAAGACUUUGGACACUUUUGUGCAGACAUGCUCCCUGGGGGACUGGUGUCGGGCGGAGGUGGAGGCGGAGGCGGAGGGCUGUGCCUGCUCCGGUGGCUUGGCCUCAGGCUGUGGUCCCGUCGGGGGACGCUGGUGUUCGCUCUGCUCUGGUUCGGCUCCUGGCUGUUCCUAAACGGCCUGGUUCUGGUCCACAGGAGCAUCCUGUCAGACUAUUGCACCGACGACAAGAGCAAGAGGAUCCUGCAGAGACUGUGCCUGGAGUUCGGCGAGGGCUCGGUGACGGGCGACAUGUGCGAGGAUCUGUGCGUGCUCGGCCUCGUGGAGUACAAGCGCUGCCUCUACUACGAGAACGGGAAGAAGGUGAUCGAGGCGCGCUGGAGAGGAAACCCCGUCAUCCUCAAGUCCAAACUGGAGAACUUCUCCUCCUACGAGCCCCUGGGGAUCCUGGACUACCAGGACGCAGCAGAGGAACUCUCCCCGAUGGACGUGGUCUUCUACGCAACUCUGGAAGUACGAAACUCUCUGGGUCUGGCGCAGGCGGUCGAGGAGGAGGAGGAGGAGGAGGACGGAGAUGGAGGAGGAGGAGGAGGAGGAGGAGGAGGAAGCACGGGGAACAGCUCUCUGGCCAGACUCUGGGAGAAGACGCUGAAGAGCAGAGACACCAGUUUCUCCCGAGCCGAGCUGGCCUCUCUGUGGUCUCUGCUGCAGCAGGAAGAGUACACCUUCCUCCGAGUGCUGCAGGACCUGAGCACCCACGUGGCGAAGGUUUUGGGUUCCUGUGGUCAUUUCUAUGCCGUAGAGUUCCUAUCUGCCGGCCACGCCUGGGACCAGAACAUCUUCUCCCUGGAGGAGGCCGGGGGGUCCGGGGCCGGGGGGUCCGGGGCCCGGGGGUCCGGGGCCCGGGACCGCUGGAGCGCCAGAGAGAUGGUGCACCGCAUCGCGCUGAGCUUCCUGGACAUGGUGUGGCACUUCGACAACGACUUCACCCACAGACUGCACCUGUGUGACAUCAAACCGGAGAACUUCGCCAUCAGGAAAGACCUGACGGUGGUGGCGAUCGACGUGGACAUGGCGUUCUUCGAGCCGAAGAUGCGGGACAUCCUGGACCAGAACUGCAGCAGCGACGACGACUGUAACUUCUUCGACUGCUCGUCCAGCUGCAACCUCGACAAGCAGCGCUGCAACGCACACCGCAGCAACAGCAACCUGAAGGUGAUCUGUGAGAAGAUUUUCCGACCGUGGUUUUCUCCCACGCUGCUCGGGGCCAAAGCAGGUCUCCCUCUGCAGGUGGAGCUGCAGCGAGCGGUGCAGGAGUGUUCAGAAACAGACGGAGGCGUGGAGGAGGAUGUGGGAGGCGGAGGGGAGGCAGGUCAGGGCAGAGGCGUCCAUCAGCGCCUCCUCAACAUCCUGACCCGCCUCCUGCAGGAGGGAGGGGCCUCAACAGAGGAGGGAGGAGCCUGGGAGGAGAAAGGCCACGCCCACACCGCACUGAACUUCUGAGGAGCUGAAUGUUUCCCUGUUGAAAUGCUCAUCCUGGAAUCCAAUGACACAGUCUAAGAAAACACAUACGUUUGUUUCAAUGUCUGCUGACAGGAAAGAGUGACUCCAGUCGUUCAUUUCUCAGGUUCGGAGCCGCAGUUUGAGCCAACAGCCAACCCAUUCUCAUUCCUAACUCGUCAUAUCCCGACGCUGGUAGAUAGCGACGCAAAAAGUCAGCCUUUAGCAUCCGUAUGAGACGCAGCUCUCAGAUGACGUGGUAUUCAGAGCGACAAGUUUCACUGUUUAAUCAAUCAAUAACUGAUUAAUCGAUUAUCAAAUAGUUGGUGAUUUAUUUAAUAGUUGACAACUAAUCGAUUAAUCUUUGCAGCUCUGAAGAUAAAUUACGAUAGCAUAGGACAGUUCAUUUUGUAAAAUGUAGGUAUGUAGUUCUUUUAAAAGAUAUGUUUAUGUUGAAAUAAAUAUAGCUACACAAGUAGUUAUGUAUCUCGUUG